AUGGAACACCUGCCUCGCUCAGCCUCAGCCUCUACCUCCUUGGCUAUAUCUGGACCUUAUGUUUGUGCAGAUCUCCUGGACAGCCUGCUUCAUGAAAUCAUUGCUCUCUUUAACUCAUUCCGUGACUUCCUUGCUUUCGCUGGCACUUGCCGCUCUUGGCGCGCUGCAGUCUCUACCUUUCCCUCUGUGUAUACAUUCGGCUUCCCGCCAUUCCACUUGAAACCAGACGGUCCUUAUGUUCGUCCACAUAGCAGCGGUAUCAAGCCCAUCCUUUUGUCUAAUUGCAAAUGGCAGCUCAGCGAUCCCAGCAAGAAAAACUUAUCCCUUGUGUGUUCAGUGUCUGAAAAUAAUCCAAAUACAAUGCACUAUUUGGGUUGCUCAUAUGGGUAUCUUAUCUUCUCCUACGAGGAGCACUGCCUCCUUGUCAAUGUGUACACUGGUACCAAGGUGAAGCCCCCCAAACUCCCACCCAACAACAGACUUGGGUACUUAUGUGGCAUAGGCAUCCUUACAGCUCCAUUAAAUUCACCCAACUCUCGCCUCCUCCUUUGCUCGAAAGCUUCCAUGUUUGAGUGGCAGGUUGGAACAAACUCCUGGUCAGAGCACCCUCUUGCUCUUGAUCGUGAAAACAUCUAUCAGAUUGUGUUCUUCAGAGGUGAUAUCUUUGUCAUAGAUGGUCUUAUGAGGCUCCACACUAUACACUUGACGCCUCAGUUCAGCAUGCAAGAAGUUGCAAUUAAAUUGGAGUUUGCGCCUCUUCAUCCAUGGUUAGUGGUCUGUGGUGACAUGCUUCUCAUGGUUGACCAACUGUUAAGCUAUGGCGAAUUGAAUGGCUCAGUUGACACAACCAUUAAGGUCUUCCGCCUCGACUUUUCUGUUGAACCAGCUGAGUGGGUGAAGCUGGAGAAGCUGGAAAAUCAUGCUCUGUUUGUUAGCGUCGAUAGGAGGAAUCCUACAUUUUCUUGCAUGAGCCCGGAAAGAUGGGGAGGAAAGAGUAACUGCAUUUAUUUUGCCAGGCUAUCUGAAGGUCCUGAUGAAACUUGGUCUGCCGUCGAUCUUGGUCAGCCAGUGCUAAAAGACAUAGUUUUCCCCAUCUACUAUGGUAUGGUGCUCCCUCCUGACUGCAGCCUACUAAGUAGCCUAUGGGUGUUCCCCAAUUUAAUUUAUGGUUCUGGCUAGUAAUCCCGUUGCAGGAUUAUUGUCUAGUUUGCACAAGACCUGAUCCGGCAUUUAUUUCAGUUAGCAACUGGUUCUGUAACUCUAAUGGUUUCCUGUCUUUGGGACCAAUGUUUUGUGUUCAAGUACAAUUGACCCGCAUUGACAUUGUGUUGACACUCCUGGUUGUAUUGUGGUGAACAAUGGGGUUGCAUUUGUCA